AUGACGUCCCCGACAACGACAGCAGCUCCGCCGCGCUCGGAAUACAACUCGACCAUUUCGCGCAAACGGUCUUCUCCAGCCGUGAAGCCUCUUCCGGAAGAGGUAGCAUGGCUUAAGGACAUCAAGCUGGAACUAGGCACUGCCAAUUCAAUCCGCUCCUCCGUGCAAUACAUCAUUCGCGUCAUCUACCAGCCUACGGGGACCGCCACAACGACGUGGGAAGUGAAGCGCACGUUUGACCAAUACAAGUGGUUCCAAAAGCGCUUGUUAAACCAUCUACAGCCCAAGCACAGCUGCAAGGCAGAGUGCCGGUGGCUCCAUACCACCAUUAAGAAGCACUUCCCCAAGUCGACACUGGGCUCGCGCUACCCGGUGAUCGUCGAACAGCGGCGGAAGGCGCUGCUUCAGCUACUGACUACUGUGCAGGCGUCGAUCGUAAACCAUGGAAACCGCAACUGCAAGGUGAUGAUGGAAGCCGUCUGUCAGGAGCUUUCCUCGUUUCUCGUGGGCGACCAGCACCCAAAUUUCGUCGGUGUGACCCCGCCCGUGACGCCCACGACGAGCUCCGAGAUAGAAACGUCGGCGCAGUCGCGGCUAUCGUUUGCGUCAUCCGUCUCGUCCGAAGAAGAGGAAGAAGCGGUCGUCAAUUACGACGGAGAGUUGUUUAUAGGUUGGAGUCUGCCUGUCGAGCACCUCCUGCAUGAGCACACCCUGAGCUCGCCUGCAUAA